AUGGCUGCUAUUGAUGUUUCGGGUAAUUUACCUGCAAUAGAUAAUCCAACAGUACGACCAUAUGAAGACUUUAAUGUAGAAGCUGACGCAGAAGCAUUAAGAGCAGCCAUGAAAGGAACAGGAACUGAAGAAGCUCUUAUUAUUGAAAUAGUCAGCCAUAGAUCUAAUGAACAACGACAGGAGAUUGAGAAAAUGUACAAAACUAUGUUUGGAAAGGAUUUGAUAAAAGAUCUUUGUAGUGAACUAUCUGGUAAUUUGGAAGAAACCAUCAUGGCAUUAUUUAAAUCACCUGCUUAUUAUGAUACUUGGUCACUCCAUAAAGCCAUGAAGGGAAUUGGUACUGAUGAUGAUGUAUUAAUUGAAAUAUUGGCAACAAGAGAGAAUGAUGAAAUAGCUGCUAUUAAUGAGUGUUAUAAAGAAAUAUAUGGUAAAACAUUAGAAGAAAAGAUAUCAUCAGAAACCAGCGGAAAAUAUAAAAGACUUCUUGUAGCCCUUUGUCAGGGUAAUCGUAAUGAAGUUAGUGAUGAGAACUAUGAAAUAGCGUCUAGACAAGAUGCGGAGAAACUAUAUAAAGCUGGAGAGAAGAAGUUAGGAACAGAUGAAUCUAUGUUUAUUCAAAUAUUAGGAUUAAGAAAUUAUUAUCAAAUAAGUGCUAUUGUUGAAGAGUACCAGGAGAUAGCAGGAAAAGAGUUAAGAGAGUCUAUAAAGAGUGAAAUGUCCGGUAAUUUAGCCAAGGGAUUAACAGCAAUUGUUGACAGUAGUCAUCCACCAACGUAUUUUGCUAAGAAAUUAAAGAAGGCCAUGAGUGGUAUAGGAACAGAUGAUUCUACACUGAUAAGAAUCAUAGUUUCUAGAUCUGAGAUUGAUUUAGCAGAUAUAAAACAAAUUUUUGAUGAGGACUAUGGUAAAUCAUUACAAGAUGCAAUAUCAUCUGAUACCAGUGGAAAAUACAAGAAACUACUCUUAGCAUUGUGUGGUUAA